CGUAAUCGCCCAGAUUACACAUUUGUUUACACCUUUAGUUAAUUUGAAAUUGUUUUUUUAACUUCACCGUUGAAAAUUUCUUAGUAUCAGAGUAAUAACAUCGAAUCCUUGGUAAACGGAUUGGUUUCAAACAACGAUUUUUUCCCCCCCAACAUAUUUUAGUCGUAUUUUUAGGAUUUUAACUGUCAUCGUCAUGAUCAUCUUUUAAUAUGAUGAAAAUGUUCACGCCCAACAUUAUAUAUAGCAUGAUUGCAUCUUCUAGUUACGAUAUCGUUUUGUCAAGCAUAAUUAAAGCACUUCUUAAUAUCGUGCUUAAAACCCUGCACGAUUUUCUAGAUUUCUAAUAUCUGGAUAAAUUUACAAAAUGAAAAUGGUCUUAGGGAAGCGAUGGAAUAGAUCGAGUUUUAGAGUAAAAAAGAAGUCUUCGUUUUAGACAAUUUAGGCAUCAGGCCGUUUUCCUCUUAUGAACGAUGACUGCUGAAGUGCCCUGUCCGCCAGGCGAAAGGCAUGUCCGAUGUCGACCCAACCCACAAGCCUGAUAACUUGUCAGUCUCUGGCAGCGGCAUAUUUGCAGCAGCUGAACGCAGAGCCAUUCUAAAAAUAGAUAGGGACGUCUGGCACCUGCGGCUAGCAGCAAACAGGAUGUUUGGAUUUAAAUGCUGGCAGUCGCUGCUUUAGAUAUAUUAACACGAUCUAAAGUGAAUGUGUUAAUAAUUAAAUGAACUUGAACUUGCUGAGGAUAUCGCGGUGCCGCAGUCAUUUUCUGAUUGGCAGUGCUCGGUGCUUCUGGCUCAAAUGUAAAUAUGGCCACACGUGCAGCAACAUUCACUUCAAAAAUACGUAAUCUGAAGGACUUCCACUACCGGAUUACAAAUAACUUAACAACCCAACCCACAGGGACUGAUAUAGCCAACACAUUGAAAUACUUCUCACAGACAUUACUAAGUGUGUUGAAAGACGUACCCAGCAUACCUGCAGAGAGUUAUGGACCAAAGCAACGAGACAGUGUUCGAGACAGUGUUCGACUAUCCAUUUUCCCUAAUCUAAACUACUCUGGCUUAUAUGAAGCUGUGCUGGGUAUCAUAGAUCUGGUUCCCCUUAUACAGAUUGGGCAGCUUGAUGUGGGUGAGGCAGUGUUAAAUGUUCUUGGAUGUCUGGUACCAUUUCUGGAGCAUGAUUUGCUGGACUCCCUGCCAUACACUGUGGCCUCUACUCUUGCCAUAUUCCCACCUACCCUUCACAAGGACACCAUCGACCUCCUGUGCUGCUCUCUACUUCCCAUGACUUUAGGUUACGAUGGUUGUUCAGAGCCCACCUAUGCCAGUGAAUCUGCUGCUGCUAUCAUCACCAUGGUAUUUCAACACACAGAAAAUGGAGCAUUCCAUUCACAAAUUCUGGAAUGUUUCAUGAGUAUGAAGAAAAAUAUAAUAAAUGACAUCCUCAGCAUCAUAGCCUAUGGUCCACCCUCAGCUAAAGCUCCUGCAGCUCAUCUACUGUUCUAUUACUGGCCUCAGUUGAAUCCAUCUUUGAGUGAUAGGCGGGGAAUACACUACAAAUACUGUGGCAUGGAAUUUACAGCAUGGCCACCAAUACUUUGCCAGCGUAAAGGCUGCAUCAACUCUGGUAACUGUCAGGCUGUCAAGAUGUGCUUAAACCCAGCACUGGCUAUUCAUUCAGGAGAUAUGCCACCUCCUUUGUACAUUUGUAGUGACUGUGCUGAGUUUUUACAUCAUGAGCAUGGAGACUACAUGGUGGACUUACUGCUUCCUAUGCCACAUGUUUCAACAACAUGUGAGAACAAAAACUGUAAGUCUGACAAAAACAUAGCCAUCUGCACCUGCUUCUCCAUUGAGUGUGCCAGUUACAAUGGAAAUCGCCCUAUUCGAUACUGUGCCAGUUGCCAUGAACAACGCCAUGGGCAACCUGAUUGCCCACAGCAUGUGUUUCACCUGAGCAUUACCGACAUCUGGAGCUGCUCACCAGAAGUCAUGCGUUACCUGAUGGAUGCAAUCGUUAGUCUGCUUAAGGAAGCCUCACCAUUGGGAACAAAACGUAUGGUUGAGAUGGGCGAAGAACAUCGACAGACUAUUGAGGAAGAAGAGUUUUUCAAUGUAGAAGAUACAGGAGAGAGAAAACUGCUCAGUCGAUAUGGCAUCUGGCUUCUGGUAGAGCUGUGCACACCACAAGAAGACAUACCCAUUGAAGUUCUUGGUCGUCUAUUGGGAAUGCUUUUCCAGUGGUUUGAUGCAACAGCUUAUUUGCCAGAUGACAAUGUUGGAAAUGCACUGGAAAAACUGAAACCUGAAUAUGUCUUUAAUUGGCUGCAAGGUGUGAUGCAGACACAUUUUGAGGUCAUUGUGGCUUGCCUGCUUCCACAUCCUGUUGAGUAUUCUCGUGUUGGAGGAUUUUGGGAAACACUUUGCACUCGAACAACUCAGAUAAAAGAAGGUCUCAACUGCUUCUUUUGCUUGGUGCCUUAUAACAUCAUUACUUUUGAGAUCUGGGACUAUGUGAUGCCAUAUUGGUUAGAAUCUAUCAGAAUGGAAGUUCCUGAGGAUGAGCUGAUGGAGCUCAAAGUACUUUUGAGCAAAGCAUUUGACAUAGACAUGUGUCCUCUGCCCUUUACCUUGGAAAAGAUGUACAACUUUGUGUCAAACCGCUUUGAGGAUCCCAGUGCAUCUGUACAAGAACAGGUCUUGCAGUGGCUACAGAUUCUAUCUAGCCUGGACAUUAUCAUACCCAUGCAUCUUCUUCUGAAGAUCUUCAAAUCAGGGGUGGAGCACAUACAGUCUGAUGUGAGGGAGGCAGAAGAACUGCAGGCUCAAGCCCUACCACAGUCUGUGUUGUACCAGACAUCCCCAGCCCACGAGGCUGUGUCGCCCAUGAGUCCCCAGAGGUUCCCUGUUGCUCCAGACCCAUGUGACUUAUAUGAGAGGGACACUGAACUGGUGCUUCCCUGUUUCAUUAUUAUGCUGGACAUCCUCCUGAAACAGAUGGAGCUACAGGAAACCCCACGUCACCUUGGCAUCUAUAAUGAGACCACUCGUCUGGUCAUGUCACUUUUGAGAGAGAUGAUGUGUAAAAAGUGGGAUGGGCAACACUCGUGUGACAACGAAACUAAGCGGAUCAAUUGCAUGUACUGCCAGAACAUUGCUCUCUGGCACCAGCUGGCCUCCCAACUGAUGGAGCAUGUGUGUCCUCGAGAUCCUCUCAAACUUCCUCCAAAAGACCUGCCCAAAGCAGAGGAGGUGAAACAUCAGACAAUAUCCGAAUCACCCAGAACUGAGAACGCUCCAACUUAUAGAGAAGACAAAGACAAAGACUUCAGCAUUGAUGCUAUGCCUGUCUACCUACAGCUUUAUGAUGCCUUGAUAGAGGCUCUUGCUAACGUGGAUGAUACAGAUGCCCUGUUUGCACUUCUGACUUCCCUGAAGUUCCUUAUUUUGCAUGGUGAAAGUCUGAACUACACUAUCAACCAGUAUACAAACUACAUCACCUUCACCUUGGACAAAACUUUCAUUCCCAUGCAGUGGCAGCUGCUGCAGACAGCUCGCUCCCAUCUGGCAACACUGAUUGUACCACUUUUGCUGCACUGUAUGACUCUCCCAACUGGUGCAACUGUUUUGUGGCACCUAGUUGAGGAUGAUUUUUCAAGUGAUGACUGGAAGGUUCGCUUUGCUGCUGUGGAGAAAGUUACAGUUCUGGCACGUUGCCUAGAGUCUGAGAUGGUCCGCAACAAUCAGGUUUUACAGACAUCGUUGGCUCAUGCUUUUUGCCAUAUGGUGGGUUCUGUAGAGGACAUCAACUCUGCCGUGGCCCAGCGCACUAUAAUGUUUCUGGAGACCAUCCAGCCAGCUGGUCUUAAGUGCCUCAUCCAGUGUCUGGAGUUUCAGUUUGAUACAGUCAUUCGGGACAGGUGUUUGAUUCUGCAUCGCAUUCAGCUCCUCUCAUUUGUGCUGAUGAAAGAGCGUAUUCUCACUUGGGACUUCUUUCUCAGUCGCUUCGACACUCUGUCACUUGAAGCACAGGUUGAUCUGGAAAGUACUGGGGACAUAACCUGCCCUACAGACCUAACAAGCAGCGACAGACAUAGCGAGCAUUUUCUAAAGAAAGUCAAUCGGGCUCGCUUAGCUUUGGCGAGGACAGACAGCAUUCGCUCUGUGAGCCAAAGCUUAAAAGGAAAACCUCCUUAUCGCCGCGCAGUCUCAGUACCUCUUCACCUGAUCACAAAAGGAGUUGCUCCACCCAAAGUCAGCAGAGGGCAUCAGGAGCAUAUAGACAGCUUACCAAGACAAUUCUCAGAACCUGAUGGGCGAAAACAUUCUGUGACUUUUCUUUCUAAGUUUCUUUUUGAAAAGGACAAGUCCUGUGUUCGGCAAUGGUCAGCUCCUCAGUUUAACCUGACUCGGCGCAUGACUACAAAGCUGAAUCUGUCAUCCUUUAGUCACACAAUGUUUCCAGGAGGACAUUUACGAGAGUUCACGGAUGAAGAAAGCAAUUUUGCUGCAUUGUUGCAGCGUGCAAUGGAUUUGGAGGGUAUUGACAGGGAUGUUGUGCAUCACCUUGUUGCACUCCUUAUGAAGUUUAUGGUCAGAAGUGAAGAACAAGUACAAGAGUGUGAUGCCAAAGCACAGAAUGUGGUGCUCCGUCAUCUGAACGUGUUACUUGGCUACAAUCAGACUGAAAAGUCUUUCAGUGUUCCACCUUUUAAACUAAGAUGUUCAGCUGUCUUCAAUGCAUUUAUCAGUGGGGUCCCAUUUGUGCUAGACCGUAAUUUCAAACUGGGAAACACCAUCCUGCCUAUAACACUGCUACUUCUUCAGUACAGUCCAUCUCCGCAGCGCUAUGCUUCUGACUACCAGCCUCCAAACUACACCCUCUGGUACCUUGAACCCCACACUCGUCUGUCAUGGCUGCGGGCUUUCCUUGUGAUUCUAUACAAGUACCAGAUUAGCACCUCACCUGUGUCAGCAAUUAUCCAGACGCUUGUACAGCUUGUCAUCAAUACUGUUGAGGCUCAGCAUCAUCGCUGCCGCAAAACAGAUGAUAGCUUCCUUGUGCCUACUCCAACAGUGCACAGAAGUAAAGCUGACUUAAGCAAGAUGUCCAUCAGUGACUUGGAGAACAUUCAGGAAACAGACACACCGCCACAGAGCCCUUCCAGUUCCAAGGAGGAGCCAGAGGAUAAAGCCACAGUCAAUGUUUGCUCCCCUCCAUCAGCCAGUUCUGUUCAGUAUUUGAAGGGGCAAACAGAUGGCGCAGAAAGCAGUGAAGGUAUGAUGUCAGAUGCAGAGUGCACCCCUACUCUCCCUGGAGGAAAAAAAGAUGGUGUACGCAGAGUUUCAAAGGGCAGGCAGCCUCGCAGGAUUAUAGAGUACUCAGAGCCAGAUUCUGCUGAUGAUGAUGUGAAAGCUGUGUCAUCAAAGGAAGAGAAGAAGCUAGAGAAGAAAGGGCCUGUCAGACUGCAGUCUCCCAAAGAUGAUUCACACCAUGAACAUUCACAGCAAGGUCAAGGUCCUGGAGCCUUAUCACCCAAGUCAGCAGCUGUGGAAAGGAAAAUGGCGCAGCAGCUCCAUGAGUUCUCAAAGUCGCACACUGAAGUUCCCGGAAAGUCCCAGAAAAGCUUUGAAGAGACAGGAAGCACGAAGGCUGCAAGCAGCACCACAGAAGCCUCUAGUCAAAGUGCCAGAGCAGAUGGAACCACAUCAGACUACAGCAGAGAGGCAGCUUCAGAAGGGGAGAGCUCUGAGGAGAGCGAGAAGACUCAGACAUCAGAUGCAGAAUCGGACCGUCACCACGGAGCAACAGACUCAGGUGGUGAUGCAACGCAAGAAGAAAGCAAAGGUGAAACAGAUGAAGGUGCAACGUCAGGCAGCAGGCCCAGCAUGGUGCUUAAACCCAACUUCCGUCAGCGGAAAGAGCGCAAGACUGGCUUAACCACAAUCGAACUUCAGAGGAAGUUUCCAGAUCUGUAUGAAGCAGCAACCAAACUCCACGAUGAAGCAUCUUGUUCUGCAGCAAAACCAGCAGGUCGUCGCGCAAGACGAGCAGAACUUCUAGCCAAGACUCAAACUGGUGGAAACAAGAAGCCGAUAUCUAAUGCUCGGUGUGGAGAGAAUGUUAUUGUAGAGCGCUGCAGUGAAUGCAACCUUGUUCUUGAGCAGUAUGAUGAUGAGACUAUUGGCCUUAGCAUCACAGUCCUCGCCACCUUCAUUCACAGAGAACCCACCUUAGCCACCCCCAUGCUGCUGAACAUGCUGCAGUGUGUUUCUAGGGUCGCAUCAAGCAGUCAGUAUUCUUGGCAAGCUGAAAGUAACAUCAUCAUUCCGGGUAACUCUGUCAGCAUUGCCAGACAGUUUCUGAGAUGUGUCUUGCACCAAAUGGCUCCAAAUGGCAUUUUCCCUAUGCUGUUCCAGAGCAAUCUUGAUGAUCCCAAUUUUUUUAAGACUAUGGCUUGUGCGCUUAUGGACUUCAAUGAGCUUCAAUCCCAUGCUCCUCUUCUUUAUCUUUUGGAAGGCCUGAAUGAACGCAAAAAUGUGCCCCAAGAAACAGUGACCCUGAUGCUGCACAACCUGUCGACGUACCUGUCAUGUGUGUCACUGGAGAGUUCUGUCCCCAUGUGGACCAACAUCCUCACACAGUUUGACAUCUUCUUCCGCCGCCUGCCCAGUGCUUUGCCCAAUGCCUGCAAUGUGGAGCCGGUUCUUACCAUCAUCAUCACAUUGUUGAAGGUCUAUGUCAUCACAAAUGGAAUUUUGGAACCCUUCUCCAAAGUACUGAGCUUCGCUAUCCAGAAUUGUACCUUCAAGCUUCAGCAGAUCACUGACAUCUGCUCCCUUUGUAAUCGGGCUUUCACCCGGGAAAGGGACAAGCUUUUGCUAACGCGAACAGUGAUAUUUGAACUGGUGCAGGCAAUGAGAUUCAAAAGUGUUGUGCCUGAUGACAACCUGCUUAUGAUGGUGCAGUUUGUGGUUUUGGAUGCUGGAGGCACACUCUGCCUUACAAACUCUCUCUCAGAAGCAAGUGCCCUCUACACUGCGCAGUCACAGACACUGAUCAGUACAUGUGCUGCAGAAUGCAUGCGCCAGCAUCUGCCAGACUGCAUCUACUUUAUCGAAGACCUAGAGACAUUGACAAAAGUGAAAAGCAACACAAAGGGAGGAAGCAGCAGUCUUAAUGAAGACACUCUUGGUAGUCAGCUGAAGUCUGGCAUUGCCCAGUACAUUGCCCUGGAGAUUGCUCGGGGUAAUGGCCGUGACCAGCGGGCAAUCACACGUUAUCUCCCCUGGCUGUACCAUCCUCCAUCUGCCAUGCAGCAGGGACAAAAAGAGUUUGAGGACUGCAUAGGUCACAUCCGCCUGCUGUCAUGGCUACUGAUUGGCUCCCUUACUAACACUGCUGUAACAGAGGGCUCUGCUCCAGUCAGCUGUCUGCCCGUUCCUUUGGAGGCCAGCCCCCACAUCGCUGAUCAUGUCAUGGUCAUCAUGACAGGCUUUGCAAAACAAUCCAAUGCAACCGUGCAGCACAUGUCUUCUCUGUUUCAUGCAUUCAUUUUGUGCCAGCUGUGGACGAUGUACAGUGAGUCAGCAGCAGCAAUUCAUGCACCAAGCAGUGAACAGCAUCAGACAGAUCUCGCCAUGAUCAUGGACUUUUGGGCGCGGGUGACACCAGGCAUCCUGCAGCUGCUGUCCCAUUCCAAAGUGCUUGCUGAGAUGGUCAACCUACACUUCCUGAGCCUGAUGGAGGCACUGCAGGAGUGCAACUCGUCAGUCCUUGCUAAGCUUUUCCCAAUGUGGACUCCGAUUCUAUAUACAUAUCAUGCACAGCUUCCUGGUCAUCUUCAAGUACGUCUGCAAACUGUCCUCAAUUGGGAACCUCCACACCCAACUAAAGACCAGUCUUCUUUCAACUCCUACAUCCUUCUGACCUGGUUAAAGCGGAUCCAGUUUAAACUGGGGCAGAUUGAAAUCCAGUCAGCUGCUGCUACUCAGAUAUAUGUUGUUUAAAAUUAAAGGCUUUGUGACAUCUAUAACAAAGAUGAUACUGCCAUUGUUUUAAGAUUGAUUUUUCACAAGAUGUCAGACAGGUGGUAGUAUCACAGCUUAACAAGUUAAAUACGUCUUUAAUUCCAUAUAAAAAUCUUGUUAAGAUAACCCUCUUUUAGUUUUUUUUAAGUAACUUGUUUUUUUUUUUUUUAUAAUUCUCUUUGCCAGAGAAGGUACUAGUCCUGACCUGUCUGAAGGUGCUGUUUUAUGUGAUACAGAUAAAUGUUGCCAGUGUUUGUAAAGUUUGCAUAAUCACUGAUUCAUAUGAUAUUUCUGUCAUUUCGAUGUUUAUUGACAGCUGAAAUUCUGGAGUUACUGUAGAAGCCAAGAUACGCUAUGUGUUACAAAGGGCGAUUACUCCUACUAGUUUGGUUACUUUGUUUGGACUUUAAUGUCUGGUGAAUAAUUGUUUUCCUUUAUCAUCUAAUGCUGUUGAUGGUAUUUUAACUGUUGUGUUACAAUGUUAUCGAGGAACAAAUUGGCAUAGGCAUCAGACUGUGAUUGAACUGUUUUCUUGUUGCAAAACAGAACUGGUGGAAUGUGAGAAGUAACAGAUGUUGAUAUUUAUUCAGAUAAAUAUUUUAAUUUCUUUUGUGUAAUCAGAGAUAUAGAUUGAAAUGUUGUUCAGAGAUUUUAUAAAGUUAUUCUUUCUUAAUCAGCUCAGCUUUGAACAGAGACUCUUGAUUAAAAACAAGUUUCAGAAUGACAGAAUACUGCAGUAAAGUGGAGAAAAAAAGAAUAUUUGCACAGGAAUAUGUUUGGAAGUGGCGAAUUCAUUUUAAGGGGUUGAAGAGAUAAGCAUUUAUGUGUCCAGGAUUUGUCAGAACUUACAGGUUUCUUGUGUAACAUUUCAUCAGAAAAUUUUUGUUUGUGCCAGUCACUCUGGAACUUAAGUUAUCAUGAACUUGUGUACGACAAUAAAGGAGGUUUUUAUGUGUAAA